CUGUCACAGAAAAGUUUAGUUCUAUAGAAAUAUAGACUACAAGCAAAUAAAAGAUGAGACGCUUCGCAAUAUUCUCACUUCUUACUUUGACCCUUGCUGCUACUCAGCAAUGGAGGGAGAUCCCAAUGAUCGUCCAAGACGUGGAAGGCGUUUCUCCACCCAAAUACAUAUUUAUAGAUACCGAUGGUCUCGCCAACUUAAGUGAUCUGGAGUUCUUGUAUGUGUUUAAAGAUGGAGUCAUGAAGGAUAACCAUGGUUACUUGGGGCUUGAUACUGAACAGCAACUUUGUAUGGGCUUUGGUGAGUCUGUUCCAUUUGAAAAUGGCUACUUCAGAUACAACGACGACCCAGUUUUUGAAUUAUGCACGGAUUACAUCAUCCGCUAUAACAGUGGCUGUCAAAUUCUCAAACACAUCAAGAUCACAAUACCUUAG